AUGAUUAACGUGUUCGUUGCCAAGAUACGCAGAGCAAAGAGAUGUGCAAAAGAUGAGAUGCUUGGCACGGAUAUGGAGCAAUAUCACCACCUUUGGAGUUAUGCAGCUACAAUUAGAGAGACAAAUCCUGGUAGCAUUGUCAAGAUUAAGCUUGAUACAGCAGAAGAAGGUUCACAAGGGACAUUUCAAAGACUGUAUUACUGUCUUUAUGCUUGCAAACAGGGGUUCCUCGAUGGCUGUCGACCAAUAAUUGGUCUUGAUGGGUGUUUUUUGAAAUCUGCAUUUGGUGGUCAGUUGUUGUCAGCAAUUGGUAGAGAUAGCAAUGACAAUAUGGUUCCAAUAGCUGUAGCAGUGGUAGAGGUAGAGAGGUAUGACUCAUGGAAGUGGUUUCUGGAACUACUAAUGGCUGAUCUGGGACUUGGUGUGGAAGACAUACCCUGGACAUUCAUCUCAAAUCGACAAAAAGGACUGGUCCAUGCAGUGAAUGAGUUAUUUCCAAAUUAUGAACACAGGUUUUGCUUGAGGCAUAUGUACCAAAAUUUCAAACAGAAGUUCAAAGGAAAAGAGUUGAAGGACUUGUUCUGGGCAGCAGCAAGUGCUGGGAAUGAAGUGGACUGGAAAUUAGCAAUGAAUUCUCUUGAAAAAGCUUCAAAGGAUGCAGCUGAAUGGCUGCAAAAGUGCCAAGUGUUUUAUGGAGCAGAAGCUAGAGAGCUACCUGUCAUAGGGAUGCUUGAGUGGAUUCGAAGAAGGCUCAUGCAAAGGAUUCAAGUGAAGAGGACUGGUAUGCAGAAAUUUCAAGGAAAAAUAUGUCCUAACAUUGCAGAGAAGAUUGAUAGGAAUCUGAAAUUCAGUAGGCUGUGUAUUCCCACAUGGGAUGGCAAGAACAAAUAUGAAAUUGAUUGUGGGCCCAGAAAAUCUGUUGUGGUGGAUCUGAAGGAAAAGACUUGCACAUGUGGCUAUUUCCAGCUUACAGGUUAUCCUUGUGCUCAUGCAUGUGCUGCAAUAGGAGCACGUAGAUUGCCUUUGCUUGAUUAUGUGCAUGCCUGCUACAGUAGAGAAAAUUACUUGAAAACAUAUGAGCACACUAUCACACCUGUCCCAAGUAACAAGUACUGGGUGAGAUGUGAAGAACAACCACCAAAACCUCCUGCAGUUCGAAGAAUGCCUGGCAGACCCAAAAAGAUGCGGCAAAGGGCAGCCGACGAGCCUAAAAAGGGUCAGGUCUCAACCAGAAAGGGUCUUGUGGUAACUUGCAAGAGAUGUUUUCAGCCAAGACACAAUUCAAGGACCUGCAAGAAUGCCAUUCAUCCCAACUCUAAAUUCUACAAGGCUCCUGACACCAAUGUAGCUGAAUCAAGUUCAGAACUUCAUUCAUCAGCUCCUUCACCAAUAGUACCCCCGCAACCAGUCCCAAAUCAAGAACAAGCUGCACCUGUUCAAAAAAAAAACUGCAGGCCCGGGAAGCAGUAUACGCAGCCAACAAUUGCGAGUGUAGCAAAAAAUGCGCCUGCUAGACAAUCAUGUUCUCAGCCUGUGAGUGGAACAACUUCACUAGCAAAAGGACCCCUUCGUCCUACUGUUGCUGAUGUCCUAUACAACCUAAGAUCCAAGAAAGCAAGAAGAUGUUAG